AUGUUGAGUGUGGGGAUGUGUAUCCUCUUGCCAGGUAACGAGUGGAAGACCCGGUACGACACGCAGUUGGAGCUGAACGGUCGGCUGGAACGUCAGAUCACACUUGUUCACGAAAAAAUGGAGGACCUGUGGAGAAACCCCAUGGAUCGAUUAGCCUCGAUACGAUCCUAUUAUGAGGUCCCAGUGGAUGCACUGAGGCAGAGGCUGAAGGUCCUGACCAAUGAGAAGGCAGCGCUGCAGGGUCAGCUGUUAGACUGCAGACUGAGGAUCGAACAGGAGGGGAAGGCCUUUUAUAAAGCCAACGCAGUGAGGCGUGUGUAUCUGUCAGAAAUAGCUACGUCGUCAUCAACCCUGGAUGUCACCAGGCGUCAAUACCAGGUCCAGCCACAGAGGGAGAGGGCGCCAGAGAGCCAUAUGAGGAAGGGGAAGCAGGCCAGUAAGCAGUCAGGAAGAGGAGAGGGAGGAGGAAGAGACAGAGGAAGUGGUGGCGGAGGAAAAGAGGGAGGAAGAGGAGUCAGGAAGGCUGACGUGGGGAGCAGUUUACCCAUACUGAAACACUGAGUCACCUCUCAUAUACAACAGUGCUGGUUUGAUUUGUGUAAUAAAAUUGUCUCACUGGCAA